AUGCGCAACCAUGAAUCCAUCACCAGCCACCAGCGACAUGUCGAAGAAGAAGCCGACACGCAGCCGCCGGCCAAGCGAGCCCGCGUAGAGGGUGGGGAGGAAGAGGGGGCUGACGUCCCCACAGCCAUGGGCACGCUCGACGCGCUGCCGUUGGAGGUGCUGGUCCACAUCAUGUCCUUCGUCGACGCCGCCGAACUGGUGCAAGUGGCCCUCAUCAACCGCACCUUCCGCGGCCUGGCUGACCACGACAUCAUGUGGCGGCCGCACUGCCUGCGCAGCCGCACCGUGUCGGUCCACCUGCCCGUGCUGUCGCUCGUGUUCCAGGGCGGCAAGAGCGAGGACCAGAUCAAGUGGAAGCACAUGUAUCGCCACCUCGUGCGCCGGUGCGUGUGCAAGCGAUGCGGCUGGGGCUUCCGGCCGGUCGCCAACAGCGAGCAGGCGUGUGCGUUCCACGACGGCCGGUGGAAGCCGUCGCUAAGCGCCGAGGGCGAUCGGUGGACUUGCUGCCACAGCCCGCUCAAACAGAGCCCCGGCUGCGUGCGGGCCUGGCACGAAGACGUGUGCGCCUGGAACGGCCUCUUCUGA